GGUCGGAUGCGAGAAGCUGUUCGAGAAGAUAUUGGAUCAGCUGCUCACGCAACAAACAACUAAGGGGAGACAAGUUGUUUCAAUUGUUGGCAUGGGAGGAAUAGGCAAGACCACUUUAGCACAAAAAGUUUAUGAACAUCCGUCAAUUACUUCUUAUUUUGACAUGCGAGCAUGGGUUAGUGUAUCCCAAGAGUUUAACCAGGAACAAACGCUCCGAUGCCUUAUUGGUUGUGUUACAGCAGCAUCAAGAGAUGAACUCCAUAAACAGAACCAAGACCAGUUAGCUGAAUUCCUGCGUAAAAACUUGAAGGAACAAAGAUAUUUGAUAGUGAUGGAUGAUAUAUGGAGCACUACUGCUUGGGAUAGUGUGCAAAGAUGCUUUCCAGAUGAUAAUAAUGGAAGUCGUAUACUGUUGACUUCUCGGCUUAAAGAGGUGGCAGAAUAUGCUAGCUCAGGUAACUCUCCUCUUAACAUGCCUUUCUUAGAUGCCGAUGAAAGUUGGAAUCUCUAUUGCAAAGUCUUUGGUAAAACUGAAUUCCUUCUAGUGUUUGAGCAAAUUGGUAGAGACAUAGUGAAGAGAUGUAAAGGAUUACCUCUAGCUAUUACUAUAGUAGCUAGUCUUCUCUCCAAGAUAGAAGAGGAAGAGGAAAAGUGGAAGAAUGUUGCAAAAAAUGUAAUGGGUGAUUCUAGUGAUGCAUGUUCUAGAAUACUAUAUUUGAGUUACAAUCAAUUACCACACCACUUAAAAGCUUGUUUUCUAUAUUUUGGAAUUUUUGAAGAAGACUAUGAGAUCUCUGUGAAGGAGUUGGUUAGGUUGUGGGCGGCAGAGGGAUUUUUGAGCACUGAGAAGCAUGUGAAUUUGGAGAAAGUGGCUAUGGAAUGCUUGCAAGAUCUUGUUGAUAGAAGUCUUGUUAUAGUUAGCAAACAUAGCUACAAUGGGGAAAUGAAGAGAAUAAGGAUCCAUGAUCUGUUGCGAGAUUUGUGCUUGAGAGAAGCUAGACUUGAAAAUCUCUUGAAUGUCAAUGGAGUUAAAAAACCUUGUCGUUGGAUAAGUCAUACAUCUAUAUAUUUCUAUGAUGAAGUCAUGUUUGAAGAUGAGUACUUUCACAAAUCUCAUUCCUUUCACUUAACUCAUCUUAGCUAUUCUUGGAAUGAAGACGUGUAUCGUCUACUUUCACACUUGAAACUAGUAAGAGUACUAGAAAUUAGAAAUAUAUAUUGGGAUAGAGUUAUAGACCUAAAUGUGCUUGCAAAUCUUGUUCAUCUGAGAUACUUAGCUUUGUCCACAAAUAGGUUUUCUAAGAUAAAGCUCUUUGAGCAUUGGAAUAUGCAAAGUCUUACUGUUAGUGGGUAUGAUGUUACAUUGGAUUCCUCUGAGGCAUAUAGAAUUUGGAAAAUGCCACUAUUAAGGAAUUUUUGUAUUGGAAAAAUUUUGUCAUUAAAAGACCCGCCGGUUGUUUAUAGAAACUUAGAGAAUAUAUCUUGGUUGGAUUCUAAGUUAUGUACAAAGGAUCUGUUUACAAUGAUUCCGAAUUUAAAAACAUUGGGGGUUUAUUGUGGAAACGAUGACGAUAUUCCAGAUUGUUUUUAUAAUUUUGUGCACUUGGAGCAGCUUGAGAAACUAAGCAUCAAAAUGUGGAUAAAUUCCGGCCUUGUUAUGUGUAGCAUCCCAUGGGCAACUAGUUUACCAAAUCUUAAGAAGCUCAGCUUGUUGAUGUCUUAUCUGCAGUGGAGUGAGCUGAGGGCUAUUAGUAUGUUGCCUAAUCUGGAGGUUCUAAAAUUGAUAAAUGCUUGUAAAGGCUCAGAGUGGGAGACAUAUGAUGGAGGGUUCCAUCGAUUGAAGAGGUUGGUAAUUAAAAAAGCAGAUUUCCAGUGUUGGAAUGCUGUGGGUGACCAUUUCCCUAUGCUUGAAUGUUUAGAGAUAAGUGAGUGCUAUUGUUUGAAAGAAAUCCCUAGUGGUUUUGCCGAUAUCACCACACUAGCAUUGAUUCAGUUAAGCAAAUGUAGUGAUUCCCUUUUGGCUUCUGCAAAGUGGAUUCAAGAAGAGCAAAACAACAACUAUGGAAAUGAUGCCCUCCUUGUUCGUUCCGAAAAUAUUUGGGAAUCGGGAUUCGCUUCUACUUCCGCAAAGUGGAUUCAAGAUGAGCAACUCAACAACUAUGGAAAAUCCAUCCUUGCUCGUUUCGAAAAUAUUAGCCUGAGAGUAAACAUCUGAGAAAGAAUGUGAUGAGGAGAAAUUGUUUGAAGACAAAUUUUGAAGGCUAUGUCCAGGACUCCAGGGUGACUACUUUGUUAUAUAUUUUGGUUUCUGGUUCUGGGAUGAUUAGAGA